UGGGUCAGGCCCAAUAAAAAAGCCCAAUAAGAAAGGAACCCUAAAGAGUUAUCUCUGUCUGCAACCACCACAGGACAGGCCAUUUCAUUUCCUUGAAAGAAGAUUAUCCAUCCACACCGGUGCUUGCUACUGCUCAGCUUCUAAAUAUGCCGGGACCCGUCGUCGAAGAAAUUGAAUCCGAGAAGAAGAUUGAGGAAGAGAUUCCGGUGGUAGAGGGUGUGGUGGAGGAUGUUAAGGAGGAAGACGACGUCGAUGACUCCGAUGACGAUGAGGAUGACAAAGAAGACGACGCUGCUCAAGGUGGGAGUGAAAGCUCAAAGCAAAGUAGGAGUGAGAAAAAGAGUCGAAAGGCGAUGUUGAAGUUGGGGAUGAAACCUGUUCUUGGUGUUAGCAGGGUCACCAUUAAAAGGGCAAAAAAUAUCAUGUUUUUCAUCUCAAAGCCGGAUGUAUUCAAAAGCCCAAACUCGGAAACCUAUGUGAUAUUUGGAGAGGCAAAGAUUGAGGAUAUGAGCUCACAAUUGCAAACUCAAGCAGCUCAACAAUUCAGAAUGCCUGACAUGGGUUCAGUGAUGGGCAAAUCGGAUGUUUCAGCUGCUGCUUCAGCCGCUCAGGCAGAUGAAGAAGAGGAGGAAGUUGAUGAGACGGGCGUUGAGCCACGUGACAUUGAUCUGGUGAUGACUCAAGCCAGUGUGUCAAGGCCCAAGGCGGUCAAGGCUCUCAAGGCUCACAAUGGAGACAUAGUGAGUGCCAUCAUGGAGCUCACCACCUAGGUUUUUUGUGUUUUGAAAUUGAGUUUUUGGAAUUUAUUCUCAUUGGAAGAAUAUAUUGUUAUAACUUCUAGCUACUUGGUUUGUAUUAGUUUUCAUGAGAGUAUUUAUUAUUACUACUGCUAUUGUUAGGCUUUUUAUAAUAAUUGGAAAUAAUCAA